UACUGUCCUAGAGAUUGAGAUCAUCCGUUUUGUUCCUAAACAUGGCGGUUUCAUCCAUUUUGUUCCUCUACGUAGUCAUCUUCCCUUAUUAUGCAUCAUCCUUAACCUUCAACUUCACCAGUUUUGAUUCCAACAACAAUAACAACACCCUAAGAUAUGAAGCAUGGGCAGAAACAGAGGAAGAAACUAUCCAGCUGAUAGGAAAAGCGCACUUGAAUAACAGCAUUGGUCGUGCAGUGUACUACAAACCCAUGCACCUGUGGGACAAAGCUUCAAGGAACCUCACACACUUCACAACCCAUUUCUCAUUCAUCAUUGAUUCCCAGAAUAGAACUAACUAUGCAGAUGGACUUGCAUUCUUCCUCCGCCCCAACGGUUCCACCGUCCCCAGUGCCACGGCCGGAAGAACUCUGGGCCUCACUGUUGACAACCAAGAUACACUCAACAUAACUGUAGACCCCUUUGUGGCCGUGGAAUUCGAUAUCUUUAAGAAUUAUUUCGAUCCGCCCAAUGAACAUGUGGGUAUUGAUGUUAACUCCUUGAGGUCUGUUGCUAAUACCACAUGGUUUUCUAAGGCUAACAUUAUGGGAGGGAAAGUCAAUGAGGCUUGGAUCAGUUACAAUGCUACUUCCAUGAAUCUUAGUGUUGUCUUCACUGGUUUCAACUCAGCCACCAACACUACCAUGCUGCAGAAUCUGUUUGCUGUGGUUGACUUGAGAGAAUAUCUUCCUGAAUAUGUUGCAGUUGGAUUCUCAGCUGCCACAGGAACUUCUUUUGCUUUGCACAAAAUUCUCUCUUGGGAUUUAAACUCAACUUUGGGAGACGACAUAGCGAAAGCAGAAUCCCCUGUUGCAAUGAAUCCAUCUUCCAGUGCAGCUCCCAAUCAUGAGAAAAAGGCCAGCAACACCGGACCAACAGUGGGAUUGGGAAUUGGUGGAGUUGUUGUGUUUGUUGGGUUGUGUUUGGUUUUGGUUGGAUUGUGGAAAAAGUGGAAGAAAGGAAGUGAUGAAGAGGAAGAUGAUGAUCAAGAUUUUGAGGAGUAUGUGGGGGAAGAUUUCGGAAGAGGAGCAGGACCCAAAAAGUAUUCAUUUUCUGAAUUAGCGUUUGCAGCUGAUAACUUCAAAGAUGAGAACAAGCUUGGUCAAGGUGGAUUUGGAGGUGUUUAUAGAGGGUAUCUCAAAGAUAUCAACUCCUACGUUGCCAUCAAGAGGGUUUCAGAACAUUCUCAUCAAGGAAUAAAGGAAUUCGCAUCGGAAGUAAAGAUCAUUAGCCGGCUUAGGCACCGAAAUCUUGUCCAACUGAUUGGUUGGUGUCCGAAAAGGAAGAAGCUCUUGCUUGUAUAUGAGUACAUGCCUAAUGGAAGUUUAGAUGUUCAUCUUUUCAAGAAGCAGAAUCUGCUGGGAUGGACAGUUAGAUACAACAUAGCUCGAGGCUUGGCGGCCGCACUGCUAUACUUGCACGAAGAAUGGGAACAAUGUGUUGUGCAUAGGGACAUCAAAUCAAGCAACAUCAUGCUGGAUUCAGAGUUCAAUGCCAAACUUGGGGAUUUUGGGCUAGCAAGGCUUGUUGACCAUGCAAAAGGCGCGCAAACCACGGCUCUAGCCGGUACUCCGGGCUACAUGGCUCCAGAAUGCAAUACCACAUGGAGGGCUACUAAAGAAUCAGAUGUGUACAGUUUUGGAGUGGUGGCAUUGGAGAUAGCAUGUGGAAGGAAACCCAUCAAAUAUAAGGCUCCGGAAAGUGAAAUCAAUAUUGUAGAAUGGGUGUGGGGUCUUUAUGGAAGUGGAAGGGUUCUUGAAGCAGCGGAUGAAAGGCUAGAUGGAGAUUUUGUAAAGGAACAAAUGAAAUGCUUGAUGGUUGUUGGGCUGUGGUGCGCUCACCCAUGUCACAACAAUAGGCCUUCAAUAAGACAAGCCAUUCAAGUUCUCAACUUUGAAGCUCCCUUACCCACUCUUCCAGCAAAGUUGCCAGUACCAACCUAUCUUGAUGGGUGAACAGUGCAUAUCAGAGCAUAAGUUCUAGUUCAAACACAAACACAAGUUCUUCUGGUAUCAUCACAGCUCCUGAUGAUGUGCCUCCCUCUAAAUUGCUUCUGAUAAAUUCAGUGUUUCCUUUAGAGUAUGUUUUCAUUCACAUUAUUUGAGUUUUCUAUUAAACUUUGAUUCAA